AUGUCGGCAGCAGCACUGAUCCAGGAGCAGGAGCUUCAACUGCGAGCUCAAUCGUACUACCCCGAGAACGUAGCUCACAAUGCCAAGCAGGUCGAAUAUGUACGAUCGACUUCAUUGUCGGUGGCAGGCGGAGUAGCAGGCGUGCUUGGCAUGACCAAUUGGCUCGGGUUCGGAUUCUACGUGAUCUCGGUAGUUGUGACCAAUCUGAUUGUGUUAGGCAUCAACGCCAAUCGUGCGCCCAGCAAGUACUUCAUUUCGCCAUCGCCACCCGCCAAGCCCCUCACGUCGUCCACCAACGUCGCGCCACCUAGCAAAAACAGCAAAGUCAAGUUUCUAUCCAACACAAAGCAAUCGUUGACCAUCGAUCCAAGAUGCGGCAGCUUUUCCGCGCAGAAUGCAGCAGGUUUCUUGGUGAAUGGACUGACAGAAAACGCUUUUAGUUUCAUCUUGUGGUGGACCUUCUGGUUCGGUAUUGUCCAUGUGUAUGACUAG